CAUGUUGAGCUUGCUGAGAGACUUUCAGUGAAUACGACAAGCACGGUUUCAGAUUUUACGCUAUUACUUUCACAAUUCUGUUCUUUAUUCGUCAGAAUCCACGCUUUCUGUCAAAAAAGGCAUACAUCUAGGGAACAAUGCUGACUACACUGUCUGCCUUGGUCUGACGGAGCAACAUUUGCCGUCGAAGUAUUCGGAAUUUGAAGCCUUAGCGGCGGAAUGUUAUUUGUGAGCAGCGAUUUGCCAUUUUAACUCGCAUCGGACACUGAGGUCUUAGGGCGUUCAGCCAACGGGUUUUCUACGAACAGGACGUUUGAGAAAUCACAGUCAGCUAGGAGUAUGUAGAAGCUGUUUCGUCUGAAGCUAACGGAAGAUCGUUUCAGUGGCAAAACAAUCCAAUUUACGAAUAGACGUGGGUCGCUCUCAUGGUCAUCAAGUUGGACACGAGUCGCCACUACUACUACAGAUCUACUUUCAAAGCUCAUGUCUUGUUGAUAAAACUCACGUUUUAAGCCUGGAUUCGUCGUCAUAUUUAUUGUUUUGAUUUGCCUUGGGGUGAUAGAGAUAUUGACUGAACAUAACGUCGGUCAAUUGAGGAUUUAAAGUUAGUCCCGACCGUGGAAUUGCAUUAAGGGUCUAAUCGAAGCUGUGCUGCGAAAUGGGCUGAAGAAUUGGCCUGUAGAUAUUAUCUGUUGUUGUGGAAUUUAUGGCUAAUAGUAAAGGAACGACUGAGGAAGUUCAGCUGGUUACAGCAGAUUCCACUGAUGGCCAUAAAAAACCCAUCGCAGCUAAUACUGUGGUUCUGAGGCGUGUUGAUAAUAGUUUUGGCUUUACCUUGAGACACUUUGUUGUUUAUCCUCCUGAAGUCAUCAAAUCUAGGAGCCCGAAUGAGGUUGGCAGUGAACACAAAAGACCUCAUCCAAUUGACACUGUGUUUGUUCGACAAGUAUCUCCAGGUGGACCAGCAGAUAAAGCAGGGCUUUCAUCAGGUGACCAAGUUGUAUCUGUAAAUGGCUUACAAGUUGUUAAUAAAUCCUAUCAUCAAGUCAUUGAAAUGAUCCAAAAAAGUCAAGAUUCGGUUGAGCUUGGUAUUGUACCCAAAGAAGAGUGUGUAUUACAGAUGGUGAGCCCAGUGAUAUCAGAAAGUCCACCUUCGAAGUCAAUACAUCCCCCUCCAACCAAAACAAAACCAAACCGAGACAAGACUGAGCAAACUAAUGUAAUGUCUACCAUUACGAUAGCCUCUACCCCACCCUCCGACAGUCACUUGAAGAACUCAUCAUUAACGGUCAAUCUGUCCAACAAACCAGUAGAUACUCCAGCACAGCCCAUAGUAACUAGGAGGAGCUCAAUUGACAAAACGGCUCAGGGAAAUAGGGCCUAUGUUGUCUCGUCAUCUAAUAAGGAGGAUGAGAUGAAUAACAACUCUAACAGUACCGUACAAAAAGGGACUGGGAGUCAUGGUAGUCAUGGCAACAGUCCUAACCAGUUCGGUGGGGGUACUUACUUCUUUGCUGCUACAGACUCCACUGGAAAACCAAGAGCACUGCAUUUCCAGCGAGGAUCUAAUGUUGGUGAUUCCCUGACUGUUGUAGAAAGGACCAAAACACGGUCUAGAUCUCUGCCUGCUGUAGAGAUGGAAGGAAUUCAGAGCUGGGAGGAGCGCCGAAGACGACAACAAAACCUAUCGCAUCAAAAUGGACCACAAAUAUCGAUUAACCAAAAUUCGCUUCAAAUAAAUAUUGGUGAACCCCAAGGAAAGACACCAGUCUCGAAUGGAAUACCACAUUAUGUUGUAUCUUCUCCGAGAAUAGUUGCAUCAGACGGCCCUUCCACUGUUAAUGUUAGUACUAAUUCUGAGUUCAUGUCCAGGCAGCCCGUAGCUAGAGAACCUAGAAAGACAAGUAAUGAAGAAUCAACGUCGUAUCUUGUUCGAACGAUCGCGUCACAUGUUAAUCAUGACCGAUCAGGGGGGCUUCAGACCUCGACUAUGGGUGCUACGUUACUCGAGAGUAGGCCAGAACCUAUGGAGUCCAUCUAUAGUGGUUCAAACGUGGAUGAAUAUUCUGAUGGACCACACCCUCCAAAGCACCCUCGUCACUCCAAUUCAGACAACCCCCCUUAUGUAGUUUCAAGUGAAGUGUCGGUUUUCCCCAAUCAAGCCAACAAUGAAGAAAUCCAGUUAUCGAUCUCUAAUGAAUCGGGAGAUCAUUUCUCAAUCAGCCAGAACCAACUAACCUUUGAGGACAGAAGAGCUAAGCAAGAGGGUACUAGUCCUAGGCAGCGAAGAACGUCUUAUUUAAUGGCGACCAGUGCGUCCGGGAAGGCUCCAGUGUCCAAGCCCUUGUCAGCAACACAUGGUAUACCCAAGAAAACUCCCACUUUGUCGUCUGCAUUGUCGUCAGGUUUUAUGACCCCCAUGAUGGUACACGUAUCAUCUGGGACAGAAAUCUGUGAAGAUACUCCAAAGGGACAGGGACAGGGAUUACCUAUAGAUGAAGAUGACGAUGAGAUCUUUGUAGAGGGUGAUACUGGUACAGACGAUUCCCUUGCUCCUCGCAUCGGGAGAAGAAUUUCCUACGUGAUGGCUACCUCUUCUCCGUCGACUUCUAAGACACCGCACAUUACAUUAGAAGAAAUGAAAGAAGAAGGCGAGGAUGAGCAUCAUAUGGAAGCUGUACCAGGAAUGAUGGAGACCAUCAAAGAAGGGUUUUUGUGGAAAAAGCUGGUAGUGGGUGGCGGUGGUAAGAGAUCAAGUGUGCGCUCGUGGAAACCUGUGUACGUUGUCUUAAGGGGACACGUAUUAUACUUCUACAAGGACAGAGAAGCAGCUCGUCUCACGAAAAUGGGGGAUGGAGGAGACGAUCAACAGCCUAUAAGUAUUAAGUCCAGUAUUGUAGACAUCGCUCAUGACUACACCAAAAGGAAAAAUGUCUUUCGAAUGACUCUAUUCAAUGGAUGUGAAUAUCUUUUUCAGUGUGAAGACCGUUCUUCCAUGAUGAAGUGGAUAGAAGCAAUUCAAGCCAACAACAACCCUGAUGAUGAUGAGUCUGGAGUAACGAGCCAAAGUCUUAUCAUUCGCCGAAUGAGGAAUGUGGAACAGGAAUCUACGGGGACCACACAUAAUACCUCACACAAGCUCACACCUGCCGGCAGUAGUGCUAAGAUGCCGAACUUCUCGAACCUCAAGAAAAGUUUAUCAUUCAAGAAUAUAUCUGGUAUACAAAAAGGGGAAAGUAAUAAAAAUAACCAAUGGCACAAGAAGAAACGAAAGAAGCAAUCACCAAAUAUCACUAAUUUUGUCCCGGGUCAUUCCAUAGGUGUGCCUCUUGAAUUAUGUCCAUGCUCCAAAGUCAAUAAGUGUGUUCCUAUUUUGGUAGAACAUUGUUGUGAAGUGGUGGAUCUUAAAGGCCUUGAUAAUGUUGGUGUUUACAGAGUUCCUGGAAACUCUGCAGCGGUGUCCUUACUACACGAUGAAAUCAACACCAGGGGAGCUGAAAAUAUUAACUUUGAGGAAGAGAAAUGGCACGACGUGAACAACAUUACCAGUUUGCUCAAGCAGUUUCUACGAAAACUCCCCGAAGGAUUGAUAACCGCAGAACUGUACGAACCGUUUAUCGAGGCUAAUAAGAAAGAAGACCCUGUGGAACGUAUGUGGGCACUCAAAUGUCUGAUCAACGAUUUACCAGAGCACAACUACGAGACCCUGAAAUAUCUAUUGGCGCACUUGAAGAGAGUUUCAGACAACACAGAGAAGAAUAAGAUGGAGGCUCGUAACUUAGCCAUCGUGUUUGGACCUACCCUGGUACGAACAGGAGAAGAUACCAUGAUAUCCAUGGUCAAAGACAUGUCAGAUCAGUGUCGUAUUGUGGAGACUCUACUGACUCAUAAUGAAUGGUUUUUUGAAGAAGGCGGUGAUGGUGAUGAUCCUCCCCCCAAGCCUCCAGUAAAUGAAGAAGGACAAGAACACUUUGUUUCGAUGAGUGUACUAUCUUCUCUUGGUCAAGCAGCCGGAAACUUCGUAGAUGAUGGAAAUAUGAAAUCCAAGUCUGGUGGACUGGCUCAUAUAUCAUUACAUAUUCCCAAGUUCCGCGGCAAACACAAAAGUGAGUCCCACGACAGUUCUUCUCCUGAGGCUCUCACCUCUGAUGGUAGCGUAUCACCAACUUUAGAUAGAGUACCGCCAAGAAUCUCAGGCACAGGGUCUUGCCCUGGUUCACCAACACAAGAGCGCCAUAAAUUUGCAGCGAAAAAGAGUGCAGAUCUCUCGUCGUUAUCAACAGGUUCAAUGGCUAAUGUCAUUGAAGUGGUCGAUGCGGACUCCAAGUCCAGAGGUACUUCAUCCUUAAAGGCUUACUCUUAUGCCCGUCCCCCUCCCCCCUCGUACCGAAAAGUUGGUCCUCAGAGAAUGCCAGCGAGCCCUUCAGGAGAUCAUCAUCAGGACCCUGUACCAAUUUACGUUACAUUUGGUCAUCCCGGAGUUGAAUCGAAUGAGACAACGAACAAGGCAGAGAUGGAGGUGGCGCAAGACAUGGAUAAUACUGGUCAUCCGUCUAGACCAACAUUCGCUUCUUUGAGCGAAGAAACGAGAUUACGGCUCCUCAAGGUGAGCCUGCAACAAAAAGCACUGGAAAAGAGGCGUCAAUCUGAGGGGAAUGUAGGGGUAACUCACUUUCAAGCCGAUGUGAACGAGGAACUACCCCACGAAUCAUUACUUGCCCCACCCAAGAAUACCGACCAUGACGUGUCAGACAGCACCGAGCAUUUAAGCAGCAGUAACACAAGUCGCAGUAGCAGUAGUCCAAGUAGUAAAACCGCAUCUUUGGAUUCCCUACACCUUCCAUCGGGUUCACCGAGUGAUGGAGAUGGGCGCAAGAACAUAGGAUCUUAUCCGGGUACUCGAGUUACUUCUAGUGGUGGUUGGAAGGCGUCUCUGUCGUCACCCCAUCUUUCCACACCACCUGUCAACACACAGUCUGUUGAUUCCACUGCUACAAGUCAAACGUCAAAAACCUCUUGUGAAACUGUAGUAACGAUAGUUCAAGGUAAAGGAGUCGUAUCCAACAAUAGUGAGGCAAAACGGCGCCCUUCAAGCUCGGAUAUCCGAGCCAGAAGAAACACCGCAGAGGGUCUGCGCGUUAGGCCAACAAUGCAGUCUGAGAGCAGCGAUUCUUCUAGUGAAGAUGAAGGAGACUUGGCUCUCAGUAUGUCCAAGACGUUCGACGAAAAGUUGCGGAUAUUACUCGACUUGGAUUAUUCGUUCAAAGGACAGAGUCAAAAGAAAGCAGAAGAGGAGGACUCAUCUUCUGUGAGUAGUGAGCGCCCGAGAAAGAUAUCCACUGAGAAACAGCUUCGUCAGUCAGACGAACGUUCUGAUCGAGAAUCAUAUGAAGACGUGCGCGGAAGCAACUCUAGCCUCGCUUUAUCAACCCCUGAAAGAAGGUCUUCUACGGAGAACAGACAUUCCGAACCACGUCGGUUCUCUUCAGAUUCCACGCACGUGCAGGGUAGCGAGACGCGGACUUCAAUCCAGAUCGAAACGAAGCAAAGAAAAGGUAGCGCAGAAAAAGUUAUUCCAAUGAAAUCACCAUCGCGCAAUGCUGAUAGACGCCCUUCAUCGACACAAGAAACCACAAAGACUGUCAUCAGCGUUGGAAACACCAAGGGUGACAAGAGGCAGGACAAAGUAUUGCCAAGCGAGCGAGUAUCUAAAAUGGGUCGAGUCCAAACCGCAACACCUGUGGCUCUCAAAGAAUUUAAAAUCAAUGGUUCUAAAUUCAAGAAGGACCAGCGUAGUGUUGGGAGAAGAGAAGUGUAUUCUACGCCAAACCAAAGUGCUCGUGUAGAUUCUGGUCUUUCAAAACGAGUUGUGCAUAAGGAUUCCCCUAUUGUGAAGGCGAGAACGGAAGAAAGCUCAAUCACGAUAAACCAAAGCCCAAGGAACUCUAUAGGGAGCAGUCGAGGAUCAUUCUCUGACAGCCCUCGUAGUUCUGUGACUGAUUCUAGCCCCAGAAACUCGCGAUCUGAGGUAAACAUUAAUCUAUCGAGGUCUCCAAAGCCGGCAGGUCCAGCAGAAAAGGCACCAGGAAAAUACGCAGCAAUGGCAGCAAGGAGUCAUGUACCGCCAAAAGUGAUGAACCGUGAGCCCGCCGCGCCAAAACCCAAAACAUACCCUAAUCGAGACAAUUCUGGACGAGCUAUAUUACCAUCCAGAACGAGGCAUGGGGGUACAUCUAAAGAACCCACAAGGGAAAAGCACGCUCACAAGUUGGAAACUAACGCACAACACAUUGCCGAACUCUUAGAAGAAAUGCACAGUGAACGCUACCUCAAAAUGACGCGUCAGCGGUCUGAUAUAUCUGGUCAAGCGCAGAAAGCUGCUGCUCAGAGAUCGGCCUCGCGCAGACGCAGAAGGUCGCUUGGAGACGAAAAUAAUGAAAUGCAAAAACAAUUAGAACCUAACGAAAAACUUUAUUCCGGAAGAGUAUAAAUUAACAGCUGUGGUAACUGAAGGACGAUAAGUUGGGAAGCAGACUUUAGAGGGUUUUUACCAGGUGUGUACAUCAGGCUAAAAAAUAUUACAAAUAUAUUUUUUUAGUGUUUGCGCAAUUGUUCAAAAAUCUGCAACAAUUUGGGCUUGUUCUAAGAUCAACCCCAAAUUUGUCUGUUUUCUUAGUGUGCGUUGUUAAAAAAUACAGUGUUUUCAGUAUCGUCUUUUAGUGAUCUUUACUGAACUUAUAUAUUUGAACUUCAGAAUGUGAAUAGUAUAUUUUUGUGGCCGUAAUUUAAUCACGUGCAGAAAUUUUGAGAGAUUGUCAGUCCGCAGAAAACUACAUAAGGGUUAUCUCUGCUAUUUUCUAUAAACUAUUUUUUGACGCAGUUUCUAUCUUGAAAAUAGUUCUAUAAUCUGCUUCUAUUGUAGAGUAAAAAGGAGUUAAACGUAGAGUUCACUGCUAAAAAAAUAUGCUAAAAAUUAAAAGAGCAAUCAUCUGGCUUCCUGUAUUUUUUUUGAUUCAUUGAAUAACUGUAGAUAAGAUUAAGAUGCUCUUUUAAUUUUUGGUGUUUAUUUAGGAGUGUAUUUAGUUUAAAGUUGACUUGUGACGAGGCCCAAAACAUUCCUGGUCACCUGAUGAAUAUCUAGAUUUACUCCAGAAUAUUUGUCAGGUAGUCUAAAAUUGGACCUUUUUUGACUUUGACAAACAAGGUGCAUUGUGGUCUACCUUGGAUACAGACAACACCAUAUAAGGUAUGACGGACGAAAGGUGUUCGUACUCAAGCUAGACAACGAUGCAUCAUGUUUGCAAACUUAGGAAGGGUCUGCUAAUUAGACUGAAUAAGAAUCAGUUGCGCAUGUUCUACCAUAUUGGUUUUAAUGUGAUAUCUUGGCCGCCAUGUUGGAUGAAUACGGAUUUCAUGAUGUGUCGUCCAACAAGUCUUCCAUGGAUGGUUGAAUUUCUCAGUGUCUAAGCAAUAGUUCUCAGUAAAAAGUCAUGCUUUAGAACUAGAAAAUCAGCACAUGAAAACAAACGAGCUUAUAAAAUCAAUGUAAAAUCCAGCUUGUCCCAAAAAAAUGUCUUUUUAUCCGAUAAAUCUUUUUUUACUUUUCUACUAUAAAGAAUUUCUAUAACCUUUAGAUAUUGGCUUUAUAUUACGAGUCUCUUCUUAUUAUACUGUAGUCUAUGUAUUUAUGUUCUACGUGUCUGUCUAUACUAAUACUCCAUUUUUUGGAGUGAGCUUAUAAGUAUCUUCAGAGCUCGAAGACCUAGGGGGAAAGAGUAAGCUUAUUAUUUUUU